GCGAGUGAGACAGGCACACCGUGUACUUUCUCUUAUAGAUUUGUUGAAACGAUAGGGUCCGUUCAGCUUCAGCUUUCAGCUUUCAGUAACAUUCCGAUUUGGCAAGGGAGAGCACGUCUCUCGCUCUCUGACCCCGUAAAAUUUCCGUGUAUACCCCAUGUGAUGUUUUUCGCUCGUUAGGUUCGACGCGAGUGACUUAUGUGUUGGUAUUCACGAUGACUCGUUACACCCGAGCCGUUAAAAGGAAAAUACAUUGAACGAAUCUCAUUACCGUGGACGUAAAAAUAACAAAAUUGUUGUGUGUUUAAAUUGAGAUCUUAUUUUCGUAAAAUAAUUACAUGGACUGUUUUGACAUUUAAGAAAUUAGUGUGCGAAGAAAAGAGUUAUAGAUGUGUGCGGUAUUCGAAAUUUGAAUUUGAUUUUUUUUUGGAAUUCGGUUGUGAUGCCGAACGAAGCAGGCAGCGGGUUCCAGUGGGACAAGUUAUCCCCAGCCGAGUUCCAACAGCUGCAAGAGCUUACUUCUUAUUCAAACAGGAAACUUCAAGAUGUCCUCAACGAGUUAUGUGAAGUUAGAAAACAGAAUCCUGAUGGGGACAUCGACUAUGAGGGGUUCAAAUGGUUUUUGGACACGUUUCUCGAAGUUUCCACGCCAGAUGAGUUGUCAAGGCAUCUGUUCCUGUCGUUCGUACGGCGGGACAAGAGGCCAGCGCUGCGAGAAAUGGCGGCGGCUAGUUCGACCGCCGCCUGCGCAGCUGUCACGGCGCAUGGGGAUCAUCAGGGCAAAUUAAGCCUGGCCUCCAAGAUCCACGGCCUAGCUGAACGUCUGCAACAGCUGGGAAAGAGUUCUGGCGAUUCCCUCGAUGGAGACAAGGGUUCCAGAAGUAGGACUGGGAGCGUCCACCCCAUGUUUUCAGUGACCACUCAUCCCUCAUACUCCUCUCACGAACUCGGCGUCGGCCGCAAUGAAACCAGCCCCUCCCAUAGCCAGAUGUCGAGGAACUCCAGCCGGAAGAGUAGCAACUCGCUACGAGUGAAUCAGUCUACUAAGAUUGAGGAUUUCAAACACCUAAUGCGUCGCUCGUCCACUCUAGAGGUUCACACCGCUAGAGUUUCCCUCAAAGACAUAGUGUGCUACCUGUCUUUGCUUGAAGCUGGCCGACCGGAGGACAAACUUGAGUUCAUGUUCCGGCUCUAUGACACUGACGGUAAUGGGGUGCUGGACACCAACGAAAUGGACUGUAUCGUGAACCAGAUGAUGACAGUCGCGGAGUACCUUGGCUGGGAGACAUCUGAGUUGAGGCCUAUACUCCAGGACAUGAUGGUGGAAAUCGACUACGACGCGGAUGGGACUGUAUCCUUGGAUGAAUGGAAAAGGGGAGGUAUGACCACAAUACCUCUGCUAGUUCUUCUGGGUUUGGACACAAAUGUGAAAGAGGAUGGAGAGCACGCUUGGAGGUUGAAGCAUUUCAACCGACCCGCGUAUUGCAACCUGUGUCUGAACUUGUUGGUCGGAUUGGGGAAAAAGGGACUCUGCUGCAUAUUCUGCAAGUUCACAGUGCACGAGCGAUGCGUGCAGCGCGCGCCCGCGUCCUGCAUCGCGACGUACUGCAAGUCGCGGCGGGCCCCCACCACCCUCUCCCACCAUUGGGUUGAAGGUAAUUGUCACGGCAAGUGCGCGCGAUGUCGGAAGAAGAUCAAAGGUUAUAAUGGAAUAACUGGACUGCACUGCCGCUGGUGUCAUAUCACGCUGCACAAUCGCUGCGUGGGCAGCGCGGGCGGCGCGUGCUCGCUGGGCCGGCACGCGGCGCACAUCGUGCCGCCGCCCGCCAUCCGCCCGCUCGUGCUCGACCGCCAGCGCUCGCUGCCGCACCGCCCGCAGCAUGAACAGCAACCGCUGCCCGUCUCGAUAUCGCUGCCCACUUCCAUAUCAUCAGCAGAAGACAAGAAGAAGGAGCACCGCGCGCCCCCCAUCUCCUUCCAGAUCACCCCACCACCAGGCUCCUGCCCCCUGCUCGUGUUCAUCAACCCCAAGAGUGGGGGGAGGCAAGGGGCCAGGGUGUUGAGGAAGCUGCAGUACAUAUUGAAUCCAAGACAAGUUCAUGAUAUCACGAAAGGCGGACCUAUGCAGGGUCUCCAAAUGUUCAAAGAUGUUAAAAGCUACCGCGUGAUAUGUUGCGGCGGAGACGGGACUGUGGGGUGGGUUCUUGAGACAAUGGAUAAAAUCCAAAUGGAGACGCAGCCAGCGGUGGGUGUGAUACCGUUGGGUACUGGGAAUGACCUGGCGAGAUGCUUGAGAUGGGGUGGAGGAUACGAGGGUGAGUCAAUACAUAAGAUACUGGACAAAAUCGCGCGAGCCAGCACUGUCAUGAUGGACAGAUGGCAGAUUGACAUUGAGAACAUCACGCACGAUUGUGAACUAGUACAGAUGCCCGACUCUGCCCCACAUCCCACAUCAGUUCCAUACAACAUCAUCAAUAAUUACUUUUCUAUUGGUGUGGACGCGGCGAUAUGCGUGAAAUUCCACACGGAGCGCGAGAGGAACCCGGACAAGUUCAGCUCGCGGAUGAAGAACAAGCUGUGGUACUUCGAGUUCGCGACGUCUGAGCAGUUCGCCGCCAGCUGCAAGAAUUUACACGAAAACAUCGACAUUGUGUGCGACGGCGCAGCCCUGCCGCUGCGGCGCGGCGGCGCGCUGCAGGGCGUGGCGCUACUCAACAUCCCGUACGCGCACGGCGGCUCCAACCUGUGGGGCGCCGGCCCGCGGCCCCACCUGCCCGACAAGCAGCAGGAUAUUGGCGACAAAUUAAUUGAAGUUAUAGGUCUGGAGAACUGUUUACACAUGGGACAAGUGAGGACCGGUCUCAGGGCAUCUGGACGUCGCCUGGCGCAGUGCAGCUCGGUCACAAUAACUACAAAACGCACGUUUCCGAUGCAAAUUGACGGCGAACCCUGGAUGCAGACUCCGUGCAAGAUAACAAUCACACACAAAAAUCAAGUUCCUAUGCUAAUGGGGCCAGCGCCUGAGAAGGGAAGAGGCUUCUUCAAGCUGUUCACACAGUGCUAGCCGUCCUGCUCACUCAUUCCGUACUUACGUGUAAACGAAGGGGACGCAUAUAUGUCUCUUACUGUUGUUUAUGUCCAAAUGUUUAUUAGUAAUAUUGAAUGUUAUAAGGGUAACGCUUAAGCCUAAGGGAAAUUAUAGUUUUCUUCGUUAACGCAUAUAAAAACUGCUGAUACAAAACUGAUUAGACUUUUGUAAAAUGCAUUUCAAACGUACACUGCUUCACGCAUUUACAUUUGGAAAAUUUAUUUUGCAAUUUUUAGCUUUUGUGGGGGUAGUUAAAUAUUUUAGAAAAAGUGAAACUACCGUCAUAUUUAUCUAUAUUAAAUUAUUAUUAAAAUAUUAUAAAACUGAAGAGUUCGUUUGUUUGUUUGGUUGGUUAAAUCUCGGGAACUGCUGGUGCGAUUUGAAAAACUCACCGUGUAAGAUAGCCCAUUCAUUGAGGAAGACUAUACAUAACCUCACGCUACCACUUGUACAAUCAUUAAUAUAGAAUGUUACAAAAACGAUUUUUCUACCAAUUGAGAGUGAAAUAGCCCAAAAAAACUAUCCCACGCGGACGGAGUCGCGGUCGGUAGCUAGUUCAAAUGAUAUUAAGCUUAUACUCUCGCUUAUUCGACUUGUACCAAAUGUAGACGUCCAUUUUGCUAAAGUUUAAUGAAUUGAUUUUUCGUAAAUCUAAGCUUAUGAUCCCAUAUCAUUGUUUUUCAUAAAACACGAGUGUUUUUUGUAUAAUUUAUUUAAAAAAA